AUCACCACCAUUCUCGCUCCCAGACGCCACUUUUAGACUACGAAGAAGAAACCCUAGAGUCUCUCUCCCAAAACUCUAACCAUGGCCGAGAUACUCGUACCGAAGGGCAUUUUGCGGGGCCACACGGACAUGGUCACCGCCAUCGGCGUAUCGAGCGAUAAAUCCAUCAUCCUCUGGGAUAUCAACAAGGGCGGCAAGUCUUACGGUGUUGCUCAGCGUAGGCUCACAGGCCAUGCUCACUUCGUUGAGGAUGUGAUUCUCUCAUGGAACGGUGGCCAUGCUCUCUCCGGAAGCUGUGACGGUGAGCUCCGUAUUUGGAAAUUAGACACUGGUGCCUCCGUUAGAUUCGUUGGACACACGGAUGAAGUACUCUAUGUCGAUAUGUCUGAUGACCAACGUACUAUCUUAUCCGCGUCUCGUGUCUGUAAGUGCACGAUCUCUGAGCAAGACGAUGGUCACAAGGACUAUAUUAGCUGUGUUAGGUUUAUCCCUAACAGGGAUGAUGGGUUAAGCAUUGUUUCCGCUUCUUGGGAUGGCACCGUGAAAGUGUGGGAUGUCGACAACUGCUUUAACUGUAAGCUGAAUUACUCUCUCGUUGGACACUCAGCUUGCCGCACCACUCUGGCUGUCAGUCCUAAUGGUCAACUAUGUGCCCGUGGUGGCGUAGACGGUGCUAUCUUGUUGUGGACUUUAGCUGACGGAAAUAAAGUUUGCUCGCUUGAGGAUAAUUUAAUUAUCCACUCGCUUUGUUUCUGCCCGAACAGAAACUGGCUGUGUGCUGCGACGGAGAACGGUAGCGAGAGUGGUCAUAAUACUCUUGUUGACCUCUUCCAAGAGCAGCCUGUUAAAAAUGAAAAGACAUUCAGGGACAUUACGCAGGAAGUCAUGGAAAAACAUGAGCGGGAAGUUUUAUUCAGUGGUUCACAGUAUAGUGAUUAAGGAGCUUCAUCUAAGUUCUUCACGCACAAGACGUGAUGUAGAACUUGCUAUUCAAGAAAAAUUAAGGAAUGUAAAUAUGCCUCCUUUCAUCAACAAAGCCAUCCAGGAUAGACUUAAAGAAACUGUUAGGUCAACUGUUGCGGCAUGCACAUAAAUUGCUCGAUCAACGAUUGAGGAAUCCAUGGCUAUCCAAAUUCACGAGGAAUUUGAGACCUCAUUCAACAGUGACCUCCGGGAAGCACUUAGGUGGGGUGUGGAGACCUCACUCCUACCUACCUUUGAGAGGUUAUGCCAGACCAUGUUUAAUCAAGUAGACGUAGCCAUGCGCGAUGGGAUUAACGAGUACUGUGGACACACCCAACUUACUCAAACUUUAAAGGAUAUCGUUGGUUCUAUGUUGUCCAUAAGCGCUGAAUUUGACCAGAAACAGAAUAAGGUCUUAGCUCUCUUGGAAAAAUCUGCUGGAGCAAAUCCCUUGGUUACUCAAGGAAGUAACAGACCUUUGGGUCCUCUUCUUAGAAUGGCCGGAUUACCUGUAACAGCAGAAUUAUCCAGCUUGAUAUCUGAAAGCAAGUACGAAGAGGCUUUCACUAGGGCUUUACUGGAAAGCAAGUCCGAUGUCAACAUAUUAUCAUGGCUUUGCUCAAAGGUGGAUCUGCAUGCACUGUUGGCCAAGAAUCCUCUUCCUCUGAGCCAAGGACUUCUUUCUUCUUUGUUGCAACACCUAAACAACGACAUCAGCGACAUGUCCCUUAAGCUUGCUUGGUUGAAGGAUAUGUGGCUGCAGCCAUUAAACCAUCAGUCCAGGUGGAAACAAUAGCAGAAAUGUAUUACCAGCCCAAAACCUCUUAGCCAUUUUUUUAAGAAAAAUAGACCUAGUCAAAGAUGAAAUUAAUUGGCAAGUAAAGAGAGAUCAUGUCAUAGCCACCAGUAUAUUCUAUGCCUUACCUUUUUUGGUACA